CGAACGCAGUGUUUAUAUGGAAGAAGCCGUAGGAGAAACAUUUGGAAGGAACUGAACGCUCGCCUAUUCUCUUUCAUUAAGUCAGUGUUUAUUUGCAAAACAAAAACGUGAAAUCCUUGGGCCAGAAGAAGAAGAGCUGACCACUCGUAAUAUACAGAAAAUGGCAGCGUUCCUUUAUUUAUUAUCGUGGAUAUCGACAGUGGUUCAUAUUUGCUUAGGAACUCUUGCUCUCGCUGCAGCAUUAUAUUAUCUGGCUGAGUUAGUGGAGGAAUAUACAAGUACAGCAGCAAAGGUGUUACGAUAUUCAAUAUGGGGAACUAUAGGCUUGUACGUGUUACUCUUUCUGUUUGAGAGCUUACCAUCAACAGUGGUCUUCUGUGGUCUCGUCUCCCAGCUGGUACAUCUGUCCAUUUUAAGAACCUUCCCCUACUUUUUCCUCACAUCAUUACCCUUCAUUUUAGGUGUUGUAAUGUUUAUCGUCAAUCACUACUUGGCUUUCUCAUUCUUCGCAGCAUAUUAUUAUCCAGCAUCAGAGGUUUUGGCAUAUUUCACACUUUUUGUGUGGUUGGUUCCCUUUGGAUUCUUCAUCUCACUUUCGGCUAAUGAAAAUGUCUUACCAACACAUGCUGAGUCCCGGCCAUUGCUAUCAAAUGACGACGACUUUGUUACGGGCUACUUCAACAAGAAAGGAAAGAGGUAUGGCUUGCUUUCCUUCUUCAAUUACCUCAAAGAAGAGUUCUUCCCACAGCGAGGAAAGAAAGCCUUCUAGCCCUAGGGAGGAGGGUGACAUCAGGUGCUUUUAUGGGUCGCAGCCUCUUCCAGUCGGACUGUUUCAUCACAUGGUGAAUGCUGACGAAUAUAUACAUUAUUGUGACCACAUGUGAAAAUCUUAAAUGCUAAUUGAUGAUGAACAGGAAAAUAGAACUUGUUGAUAGUCCCCUCAGCCACGAGGCAUUAUAGAAUCACUUGAAGUAAGGAGAUGUUCAUGUUUGAAAGGGCCAUGCAGUAAGAAGGAAUGUACUAAUAGUGCACAAUAUAUAUCAUGCAGCCUAGAGUCGUUCAAUAGAUUUCAAGAUAUUCAAGCAUCUACUCAUGAAAUUUUACAGUUGGUAGAGCCAGUGAUUCUUGUCUUUUGGGUGACAUUGUCAUUACUAUUGCUUAUUUGAAUGUAUGCUUUUCUUGUUUGCAAGCAGAUAUGUACAGGGCAUUUUGGGGGAUAAAACAGUCCAUCUUCUGUAAAUAGAAAAAUGUUAAUCUUAAAUCUCACAAUCUUGUAAUGAGAGCUUAUUUAUGACAAUAGAAUUAGAGGAAUGAUUAA